AUGGGGUGCGAGCACGGCGUCGUCAUCGUCUCGCCCGACUGCCGUAAGUUCGCUCUCCUCCUCCUCUGGAUCGCACGGCGACGGUGCCCCUCAAGGCUGGUCUCGCAAGUGGCCAAGGAGUUCCAGGAACACGACAAGCACUGCCGCCCGCGGACAUCUGAGCCUACUGGCAUGGGCAUGACCGAGGACGAUGAAGAGCAGGAGCUCAACUCGUUCUGGCCAUCCACCAUCACCCUCCGCCCGACCUCCCCCUCUCCUCUCCUCGAGAUGGCGCUCGAGCUCUCGAGCUCCCUUGAAGCCCAGCAUGCCACCGCUCAGUCCACAAUCUCCGUCCUUGAGUCCAAGGUCACCUCACUCGAAAACCUCGUCCAAGACACGCAAACACAAGUUCAAUCUCAGGUCGAGGUCACCAAACAGCGCGUUCAAGCAUCUGCUGAGGACGAAUGGGAGAGCCGGAUGCACGCCACAGAGGAGACGGUCUCCACUGCCGCGAUGAAGGUCGAGAACGGACUCGCGUCCCUGGAUUUCCCAGCCGCACCAGCAGCAAAGUCCAUCUCCUUCUCUCCCACCGACGACGGUGCCGACAACUUGGUCUCUCUAUGCCACAAGCAGCCAAUUACCAUUCCCCAGUCCACGGCGGCGACGAUCGCCAUGCACCCCGCCGCCCUUUGCUCUGCUUCCACCACUGUUCAGGCAAACGAUGGCCACUACAUAGUUGUCUGCCGUCUGCUAUUGGACCCCGUGACACUGUUCGCUUCUCCGUGCGCGUUGCCCUUCGCCUCCGCCUUGUCCCGGCCCUCUGCGUCGCUCUCUUCAACCUCCGCGUCCUCCGUCUCCGCGUCACCCACCUCCGCCCACGCCGCCAUGCUCUUCCUCCGCGUCCUUCGCUUCCGCAUUGCCCUCCUCUUGCCGGCGCCUGCGUCACCCUCCUCCGCCCUCAAGCCCUCUACGUCGCUCACGUCCGCGUCGCCCACCACUGCCAGCGUCACGCCCCUCCGCGUCCCGACCGCAUCGCCUUCGUUCGCCUCCACAUCACCCACGUCGACGUCGCUUGCCUCCGCGCCGCCCUCCUACGCGCCACCCACCUCCACACGCGUUGUUCUCCGCCCUCCGCCUCCUUCGCUGUGUCGCCCUACCACCAUGUAG